AAUAGAAAGAAAGAGAGAGCUCUUUAGUAAGAGAGAAAUGGCAUCGGCAACGUUCUUAGAGGUCAUACUGGCCAUCAUCCUUCCUCCCGUCGGCGUCUUCCUCCGUUUCGGCUGUGGAGUGGAGUUUUGGAUUUGCCUAUUGCUAACCUUGUUGGGAUACAUACCGGGCAUAAUCUACGCCAUUUAUGUGCUGGUUGGAUAGCUCCUUCGCCUUGGACAGAAUAUGAUUCUAGCCUUGAUUGAGACUAUUUUAUUCAAGUUUGGUGUGUUUAGACUGCAAAUGUGUACUUAUUUUCUUCAUGUCCAGUUUGUGUUUUAAUGGCAAAUCAUUUUUCAUAUUUCGUUUUCAUACUUUAAAUUAGUGGAUUCAAUCUUUGGGGCUGAGAAAAUUGUGUUUUUCCUUUU